UCCCCUUCACUCUCUAAGCAACAAUGGCAGCAGCUGAGCUUUCUCUCAUCAAGCCCAUGAAAUGUGCCACAAUAAAAUUCAACACCCCCACCACCACCUCCAAGCUCAACAGCUUCAGGCCUAAGCCUAUGAUUCCCCGGGCCUCGGCCUCCACCGCCACCCCGGCAAAGCCGAAGAGGACCGAAAAGGGGAUAAAGGAGACACUGCUCACUCCAAGGUUCUACACUACUGACUUUGAUGAAAUGGAGAUGCUUUUUAAUACAGAGAUCAACAAGAACCUGAACCAGUCUGAAUUUGAAGCUCUGUUGCAUGAAUUCAAGACUGACUACAACCAGACUCACUUUGUUCGCAACCCGGAGUUUAAAGCUGCUGCUGAUAAGCUUCAGGGGCCAUUGAGGCAGAUUUUUGUUGAGUUUCUUGAGAGAUCUUGCACUGCUGAGUUCUCUGGGUUCUUGCUUUACAAGGAGCUUGGGAGAAGACUCAAGAAAACCAACCCUGUUGUAGCAGAGAUAUUCUCUCUUAUGUCAAGAGAUGAAGCCAGGCAUGCUGGGUUUUUGAACAAAGGUUUAUCUGAUUUCAACUUGGCAUUGGACUUGGGAUUUCUGACAAAAGCCAGGACAUACACAUUCUUCAAGCCAAAAUUCAUCUUCUAUGCUACUUACUUAUCCGAAAAAAUCGGUUAUUGGAGGUACAUCACAAUAUACAGGCAUCUUAAGGCAAAUCCUGAGUUCCAAGUUUAUCCCAUUUUCAAGUAUUUUGAGAACUGGUGCCAAGAUGAGAACAGGCAUGGCGACUUUUUUUCGGCUUUACUCAAGGCACAGCCUCAGUUCCUUAAUGACUGGAAGGCGAAAUUAUGGUCUCGAUUUUUCUGCCUCUCUGUUUAUGUAACUAUGUACCUUAACGAUUGUCAACGGACUGCUUUCUAUGAGGGAAUUGGUCUUAACACAAAAGAAUUCGACAUGCAUGUCAUUAUCGAGACCAACCGCACCACAGCGAGAAUUUUCCCGGCUGUUUUGGAUGUGGAGAACCCGGAAUUCAAACGGAAAUUGGACAGGAUGGUUGAAAUCAAUGAGAAGCUCAUGGCUGUAGGCGAAAGCAACGACAAUCCUUUGGUGAAGAACUUGAAGAAGGUGCCUCUCAUUACGGCACUGGUGUCGGAGAUCAUUGCUGCAUAUCUCAUGCCUCCUGUUGAAUCUGGUUCUCUCGAUUUUGCCGAGUUUGAACCCCAAGUUGUUUACUAAUUUUGAAGAACAAUCAUGUCAUUGUGUUGGUGCAUGCUUUGUUAAUUUGAUUAGUGAUAUAAUUCUUGUAUGAAUAUCAUGAGGCAGAUAUUUAUUUGCUGAGGACGCAUUGUAAAUCAAGUAUUUUGUGUUUUAUCAUCUUUGGUUGAUCACAAGAUUGUUGCUGAA